CCGCCCUACAUACGGGUACUUCAUGAACAUAUUAGAUUUUGUGUGUGAUCGAAGCCCUGACCGUCAUAUUGUUGUAUUCUCCAAAGUUACAAUCUGGGAUCUAACAACGAGAUAAAAUGUGGAUUUAAGAAAGCAGAGAGGCAUGCCAGUCCUCUGGGAUACGCCUGGUGGGAUGGCCGGGCCUUUAAACCAACGGGAUAGACGAAAAUGUCAACAAGAUAACCUCUUUUUGUAGAGAAAAGAUGGACUAACAUUACCAAUGAAACUAGGAACAGAAACUUAUAAUUACUUUGAUCGUAUGAUGGAAUUGUAUAUUGAGACGUUGACGGGGGCUGCCUUUGAGCUCCGAGUAUCACCUUUCGAGACAAUUAUGUCCGUAAAGGCAAAGAUACAGAGGCUAGAAGGCAUCCCGAUAUCCCAGCAGCACUUGAUUUGGCAAUCUGUGGAGCUAGAGGAUGAUUACUGCCUUCAUGACUACAGUAUUCACGAUGGUGCAACAUUGAAACUGGUCCUAGCAAUGAGAGGGGGGCCUAUCAAUACUCGAAGGGUUCCAAUGGAGGAUCCUGCUCUCAGGGAAAUGGCAGAAUACAUGGAGGCAAAUCGUGAAGAGAUCUGGGAGAAGCUCCCUGGCAACAAACAAGUGACCUUGCUAGUCUUCCGCGAAGGUGACCAACUCAAUUUCUUCAGGGUGGUGGACAGAGGGGACGGGACCCUGACUCCUCUGUCAGAAUCAUUGAGUGGUGGGUCUGUGUGUAAUGUCUAUGAGGAGGAGGAGGAGGUGGAAGAGGCGCCCUCACAGGAGAAACUGGAGGAAAAUGAAGCCACCAAGGAGAAGAUGCAGGUGCUCAGAUCUAAGAUGGAGAACAUGAGCCUUACAAAAAAGCCUAAGAAAAAACUGGUUCCGAGGCCUCCUUCUUCUGGGCGCCCAGGAAGUCGCAGCAAGGUACGCCGCCUGACAAGUGCUGGGAGAAGCAGCAGCAAGGGACAGAUCAUCAACAACUCCUUCAACUUGAACUCUUCUCUUAAUAAAAAUAUGUGCCUCCCUCCUGUUGGGUACUCUGUCCCAGGGGAAGACUUAGGUUUUUUACCUGCCACCCUGGGGCCGGAGUUAAGCAUGACAAUGAGAGAGGCAAGCACCUCCUCCUUGAGUGGUAGUGAACCUAUGUCAGCCAACAGGCUCCAUAGGUUAGACAGUGUAGAAAGUAGUGCCAAAUUAAAGCGCUCCUUGUCCAGUGUAAAGGAGGACCUGAGCAUAUCGCGCCCAGGAUCUGGGAACGGGAGGCACCAGAAAGUGGUGCAACGGAAGCCACAUUACGCCAUAGACACUUUGGAUAGUGAACAGGCAGGGAGCGCUGCUGCUGCUGGGUCAGCAGCUGUGUCCUCUGUGGCUUCAACAUCAACGCAUGUGCAGGAUUACACCAGUUUUGAUGCUGCUCUAAAGGAUUGGUGCUGCCAGACCUAUUACUUCUUCCAGGAAGAAAGAAAUCACGCUGGACAGCCUGAAGGAAUCUUACGAACUCCUGGUCCUGCCAAACACAGGGAGAGGACUUGGAGCAAAGACUUUUCAAGUCAUGACCUUUUUGAUAGCUUGGGACGACCUACCACAUCUUCUCGCAGUAAGGAGAAAUUUACUCUGGACAAUUUUAAGGAAAGCUUAGGCCGCCCUACCACUACCUCCAGGCACCCUAGCCAUGAGAGGAAAAAGGAGUUUACUUUAGAGAGCUUAAGCAGCUCUGAGGCAAGAGCAAUGUCAGGGUUACUGCGCCAGGCUUCACUUGAAAGGCUGGGCUCCUCACGGAUCAGUAACUUUGUCCACAGCCCCACCAAACCUCGCACAUCAGCCUAUGGCAAAGAGGGCAGAGUUCUCACUCCAGAAGGGGGAAGAUUAGUGUCUGCUCGCCUUCAGCAAAAGUACUCUGCCAACGGAGAGCGUCUGUCCCCCACCACCAGGCUCCCUCCAGUGAAGUCCAAGAAAAAAGUCAGCAAAAGAUGCUUCAUGUGUGCCAAGAAAACUGGCCUAGCAACCAGCUAUCCAUGCAGGUGUGGCAACAACUUUUGUUCUAUUCAUCGCUAUGCGGAGGCCCAUGACUGCACCUUUGACUACAAGACAGAGGGGCGAAAGUUGCUGGAGCAAAGCAACCCAGUUGUUAGUGCUCCAAAGUUACCCAAAAUUUAAAGUCUACUCCAUGCUAAGCUUCAUUGCUUUAGCCAGUAGAUGUAGAUACAGUUUUUAGCCAAACACUGCUUAUUUAUGCUAAAUGAAUGUCACAGAGAUAACCAGAGUGCUUAUUUUUCUUUUUCUACUAAUAUCAAGUUGAAUGGUUGUGAAUUGAUAUAAAUCGAGCUCUAAUGCAGCUACUGCACUGUUGGGCACUGACAAAACCUCUUUCCCCAUGAUAUAGCUGGUUCUAUUACAAGGAAAGACCAGAAAGCCAUGGCCUUCUUUACAGUUUAAAGUAUGUGACACAACUUAGAUUUACUGUAGCUGGUGCUAAAUGACUAUUAAUGGGCCUGACAAAGCUAGAUGCUUGGUUAACAAAUAUGUAAUAUUUUAGCACGUGUGAUAAUUGCUUAAAGCUGAAUAGACCCUUUAGUUGUGCUAAGCAUAAUAAAGGAGAUAUAUUCUUUUCUUUUUGGGUAAUUUAUGAGAGUAUUAAGAAUUGGACUUUGAUUCAGUAAUGUUUGCUUCUCAUGAGGGAUGUCGUUUCACCUGAAGUGAGAUGAAUGAAGUGUGCAAUAUAAUAAAGAGUAUUGGACUGAUGUUAUUUUUUUGCUGUCCAGAAAAUGGGGCGGUGUUAUCAUUUCUAGCAGGAAACUUAAACCUACGUUUAUAUCUGUAGUUGGGUUCCUAGUUGAGAAGAAGGCACGAAGCUUUCCUAUAACCAUGGUUAUCAUUUUGUUAUAGUAUAUAGAUAUAUUUUGUACAUAUUUCUGUUGAUAUCUUUUGGCUAUAAAUGUCACACACAAACAUGUUGCAAUUGUACAGCAGCACCCAUGUAAGAAUGUUUUACAUUGAGACCGUACAACAAUUUCAAUAAAUCUCUCAACCUUGAUGUAACUGACACUUUGAAUUUUAAAAUAUCUGAAAGUUGGUUAAGCCACAUUCAAACCAUUU